UUCGUAAAUAUCAACAUAUUCAAUUUUGAGAUACAAAAGAGGUGGAUGAGAGAUUCGAGAAAUCUGUUUCUAUAAAUUUGUGCAUGGUCAGGUUGUCCACAUGGCAUUGCAUUAGAGGAUGAAGUACUCAAUGCUCGGUGCUCCUGGAGUAGAAGAAAAUGUUCCUCGUCUCUUCCUAGGUAUAGGAGCCGAAGAACUCCAUCAAAGGGAGUCUGAGAAUAUCGUAGAGAAGAGAAGUGGGUUAUGUUAGUUUAGAUUAAUAAAGAAUAAAAAAACAUGUUUUUAUCAACUAUUAUAUAUUCAAUCAUAAUAUUUGCACCACUACAGUAUAUUGUGUGUGUGUGUGUGUGUGUGUAUAGAGAGAAAGAGAGAGAGAGAGAGAGAGAGAGAGAGAGAAAGAGAGGCGCAAUAGCUAAGCGGCUUUGUAUUAUUACAGAUAUAAGGAAUAUAGAUGUCUAAUUGCGCCUAGAAGAUAGGAGUUAUCUACAGGGAUUGCUUCACAGCUUGAUUUCAGGACCCUUGCACCUGAUCAGAUAAGCUAUUAUCCGCCUAAAAAUGUUCAAACUAAAUUCAAGAAUUUUGAAUUUUGUUCAUAAUUCUAGUCAUGAAUUCAAGCCCCUGGAAUUGACCGAUUUCUCCCACAGCAUUGCAGGUUCCACUUGUUCAAAGUUUGAAUCCAACCGACUACUUAAUGAGUUGAAUAAAUCUGGUCGAAUUGAUGAAGCGCGCAAGGUGUUCAACAAAAUGCUUGAUAGGGAUGAGUUUACGUGGAAUACUAUGAUAGCUGCUUUUGCCAAUUCGGGAAGGUUAGAUGAAGCUAGAAAACUUUUUGAUGAGAGCCCAAUUAGAAGUUCGAUUACUUGGUCAUCCUUGAUAUCCGGAUAUUGUCGAAAUGGAUGUGAAGUUGAAGCUUUUGAAUUGUUUUGGAGAAUGCAGCUUGAGGGAAAAAUGCCCAGCCAGUACACUUUAGGGAGUGUCCUAAGGUUGUGCUCAACAAUGGGUUUGCUUCAAAGAGGUGAACAGAUUCAUGGAUAUACCUUGAAGACGAAAUUUGACUCUGAUGUUUUUGUUGUCACUGGUCUUGUUGACAUGUAUGCAAAGUGCAGGCGCAUCUUGGAAGCUGAAUAUCUCUUCAAUAUGUUACCGGGUAAAAAAAGUCAUGUGAUGUGGACUGCCAUGAUUACUGGCUACUCUCAAAAUGGUGAUGGAUAUGCAGCAAUCAGUUGCUUUCGAGACAUGCAAGCUGAAGGCAUCGAGUCUAAUCAAUUUACAUUCCCUAGCAUAUUGACAGCUUGUGCGGCAGUCUUAUCACUUGAUUUUGGGGCUCAGGUGCAUGGCUGCAUUGUUAAGAGUGGAUUUGGGGCUAAUGUUUUUGUUCAAAGUGCAUUGGUUGAUAUGUAUAUAAAAUGUGGAGAUUUGGAUAGCGCAAAGAAGGCAUUAAAUAAUAUGGACGUUGAUGAUGUAGUUUCUUGGAACUCCAUGAUCGUUGGGUGUGUGAGGCAGGGAUUUUUAGAAGAUGCUUUAUCCUUGUUUGAAAAAAUGCAUGCAAGAGACAUGAAGAUUGAUCAUUUUACAUACCCAUCUGUUCUAAACUCCUUUGCUGCCAUGAAGGAAAUAAAGGCAGCGAAUUCUGUUCACGGUAUGAUCAUUAAGACUGGAUUUGAGGCUUAUAAACUCGUGGGUAAUGCUCUUGUUGACAUGUAUGCUAAACAUGGAAAUUUAGAUUGUGCUUUCCAAGUAUUUAAUCGUAUUCCAGACAAGGAUGUGAUCUCAUGGACCUCCCUAGUCACAGGAUAUGCACACAAUGGCUCCCAUGAAAAUGCGAUUAAAUUAUUUCGUGACAUGAGAUUAGCAGGGAUCUACCUAGACCAAUUUGUAAUUUCCAGUAUUGUGAGUGCCUGUGCAGAAUUGACAAUUUUAGAAUUUGGGAAACAGAUUCAUGCAAACUUCAUUAAAUCAGGGCUUCAAUCGCACUUAUCAGUAGAUAACUCUUUUGUAACAAUGUAUGCAAAAUGUGGAUGUAUAGAAGAUGCUAACAGAGUUUUUAAUUCAAUGCAUGUUCGGGAUGUAAUUACCUGGACAGCUCUAAUAGUUGGUUAUGCACAGAAUGGUAAAGGAAAGGACUCAUUACAAUUUUAUAAUCAAAUGAUUGCUACUGGUACGAACCCAGACUUUAUUACGUUCAUUGGUCUGUUAUUUGCUUGCAGCCAUGCUGGUCUUGUGGAAAAGGGCCAAUACUUUUUUGAAUCAAUGAAUAAGGUUUAUGGAAUAACACCAAGUGCUGAGCACUAUGCUUGUAUGAUUGACCUCUUGGGGCGCUCAGGAAAACUUAAUGAGGCUGAGGAACUAUUAAAUCAAAUGGUCAUGGAACCAGAUACUACUGUUUGGAAGGCACUGCUGGCUGCAUGUAGAAAACAUGGGAAUAUAGAGCUCGGAGAGAAAGCAGCAAAGAACCUUCUUGAAUUGGAACCUUCAAACUCUGUACCUUAUGUUAUGUUAUCUAACAUAUAUUCUAAAGCUGGUAGAUGGGAAGAUGCUGCAAGAAUUCGAAGAUUGAUGAAAUCAAUGGGGAUCAGCAAGGAGCCUGGAUGCAGUUGGAUUGAGAUGAAUGGUCAAGUGCAUAUGUUUAUGUCUGAAGAAAGAGGUCAUCCAAGAGCAUCUGAGAUAUAUUCGAAGCUUGAUGAGAUCAUGAUAUCAAUCAAGGAAGCUGGGUAUGUGCCAGACAUGAAUUUUGCACUUCAUGACAUGGAUCAAGAGGGUAAGGAGCUUGGUCUAGCUUAUCACAGUGAGAAGUUGGCAAUUGCAUUUGGGCUUCUCACUGUGUCACCUGGGGUUCCAAUCAGGAUUUAUAAGAAUCUCAGAGUCUGUGGGGAUUGCCAUAGUGCUAUGAAAUACAUAUCACGGGUUUUUCUUCUGCACAUCAUAUUGAGGGAUUCUAAUUGUUUUCAUCAUUUUGAGAAAGGAAACUGUUCUUGUGGGGACUAUUGGUAGAAGUUUGAGAGGUCAUCCGUUUUACCUUAUCUCCUAUCAAGUGUCAAAUGGCUAGCCAGAUUCGGAUUAUAUUACAGCCCUGGGAACUCCGCACUUCACAAUAUAUAUUCACACUGAGACAAUGAUUAGUAAGUGUGCUAGCCUUGGGAGCCUACCAACCAUAUCAUUUAUCAACCAGGGACCAGCCCACGAUCAGACCUCCAUUUUGUUACCAUGGUAUGAGCACCUUAGCAUGUUUGAUGAAUUAUUCCUCUAGCCCGAAAGUGAGGUGUGUCAAGAAGGUGAAUCGGAUUGGUAACAGGAAAACUGAAAAUCAAACGCUGCUCCCAUCAUUAUGGUUUAUGCUAAAGAGGUUCUUGUGCAUAUGGUUUGGAGAUCUUGCUUUCAGCAUUUACCAAACUAUUAUGUGAAAAUCAUGUGGUCUAGGCUGCCAAAGGUGCUAACCAGGAGUGUUUUUUUUUUUUUUUUUUUUCCUUCACUGCUGGUACUCGGUUGAACGGAGGCACUGACAAGGCAAACCUCUUCUAUGCACAAAAGUCCCAAAGAUGUGAUCCAAACUUACCAUGUUCCAUGUUGCAUCUGGCAUAGCUUCUAGAUUUUCCGACUUGUUUUUGGCAUAGUUUUUGGGGUUUUGAACUUCUGAUUUGGAUGACAAAAUUCUCCAUUGUCCCUUCUUCAGUGCAUGGAGUAUUGCAGGUUAUAGCAUAUGGCAAUUUUUCUGGUAAAUAGGUUGUAGUAUAUAGCUACUGUGAGCAAAGAACAGCUAUCAAGAACUACUGAAUUUCUCUGCGGUAGUCCUGAUGGAGGAUUAAAAGUUAUGAUGUUUACAACAUUUUUUUUUUUUUUCCUUUGCAGAGAAAGUAAAUUCUUUUGUUUA